AUGUCCAAAAUGCAAUGUGCAGAAUGCAGCAACAGUCCGGCAUGUAACGCUGAUACUUAUUUUGAGAAACAAAUGUUUUGUUGGGAAAAGGAUGUUAAAAAGUGGACACCAACUAAAGGGAGGAGGGUUUGUGGAGAAUCGUGUUUUAUUGGAGUUGAUCAGAUUGAAAUGAGUUUUGUGCAAGGCUGUGGUAGCUGCCCUUCUCACUUGGAAAAAUGCGCGACUUGUAAUACCCCGUAUUGCAAUGUCAAGAAUAUACUUCCAACUAUAAAGUGUCACUACAACAUUCCUAAAACGAAGCUUUAUAAGAAAAAAGCGAAAAAAUGUCACCCUAUGUAUACUCAUUGCUAUAUUGCUAAGGAUAAAUUUGGGAGAGGUAAUAAUUUGAAUUUUUGGUUCUUCCAUUUUAAUCUCAAAAAGAUUUUACUCUAG